AAUUCCCGGGAAUUUCCGGUGGAAUUCCCGCCAUCUUUCAUGCUAUAGACUUCAAUCGUCCGGACCCUUCUCUUUCUUCAUCUUUACGCUUUCCAGAAAACGAUCGGGUUCUGCUUUCGUUAUCUCCGAUUUUGUGCUUCACUUCUUACUCUCCGUCUCGAUCGAUCAUUCAGAGAAUGGCGCCGUCGCGUCGCAGCACCAGCGGCAGAUCGCCGCUCGUUAAUCAACAACGGCAGAUUACUUCUUUCUUCUCUAAGAAUACCUCCGCUUCCCCUGCUCCUUCUCCUUCCCCUACCGUCUCCAAACAAAAACCUAAACUGAACCCUAAAUCUAAACCUAAACCUAACGUCAGUCCGAGUCCGAGUUCCAGUCCAACCACGCCGUCGCCGAUCCAACCCAAACUUAAGAAGCCACUUCUAGUCAUCGGUCAAAGCCCCUCCACGCCGGUUGCUACAUCCUACGGGGAGGAGGUUCUGGAGAGGAGGAUUAAGGUUUACUGGCCGUUGGACAAGACCUGGUAUGAGGGUGUUGUGAAGGCUUUUGAUAAGGAGUCGGGGAAGCAUUUGGUUCAUUAUGACGAUGCUGAGGAGGAGGAGUUGGAUUUGGGGAAGGAGAGGAUUGAGUGGGUCAAGGAAACCACAGAAAGGUUCAAGCGGUUGCGGCGUGGGGGUUCUCGCGCUUUCAAGAAGGUGGUGUUAGAGGAUGAGGAUGAGGUAGAGAAUGCAGAGGAGAAUAGUGAUCAUAAUAGCGAUGAUUCUAGUGAUGAAGAUUGGGGGAAGAAAAAUGCGGAGAAGGAGGUGAGUGAAGAUACUGAAGAGGAAGAUAUGGAUUUGGAUGAUGAGAAAGAGGAAGCAGAAGAGGAGGAAGAGGAGGAAAUGGAAAUAUCGAAAGGAAAGCGUGGUGGAAAAUGUGAAUCACGUAAGCGGAAGGCAAGUGGAGGAAAGGUGGACUUUGGGAAGAGGAGUAAGACCAAUGGGGAUACGACUAAGGGCGAGCUUAAGGUUGCUGCCAUGGAGCCUGCAAAGAUCACUGAAACUGAAAAGGCAUCUAAUGGUUUGAAUGGUUCCUUAGUUGCUGAUGCGUCAGAGAGGUUUGGUAAGCGUGAAGUAGAGAAGUUCCCUUUCCUCGGACUAGAACGUCGGGAUGCAAAAAGAAGACGUCCUGGAGAUGUAGGUUAUGAUCCAAAGACUUUAUACUUGCCUCCUGAUUUCUUAAAGAGCUUAUCAGGUGGCCAGAGACAAUGGUGGGAGUUUAAGUCAAAGCAUAUGGACAAAGUUUUAUUUUUCAAGAUGGGCAAAUUUUAUGAACUGUUUGAAAUGGAUGCACAUAUUGGUGCAAAAGAACUGGAUUUGCAAUACAUGAAGGGAGAACAACCACAUUGUGGAUUUCCAGAGAGGAACUUCUCUAUGAAUGUGGAGAAAUUAGCUAGAAAGGGUUACCGAGUUCUUGUGGUGGAGCAGACAGAAACACCUGAACAGCUGGAGCUUCGUCGAAAAGAAAAAGGCACUAAGGAUAAGGUUGUGAAACGUGAAAUAUGUGGAGUGGUUACAAAAGGAACACUAACUGAGGGAGAGAUGCUUUCUGUAAAUCCUGAUCCUUCUUACCUCAUGGCAGUCACUGAAAGUUGUCAAAGCUCAACAAAUGAGAUUGAGAAGCGGAUUUUUGGUGUCUGUGCUAUUGAUAUGGGUAUAUGCUGUAUUCUAUGCCAAAUUUUAGGUCUUUUAACAGAGAACAUCAGGAUUCAAAAAGAAGAUAUCUUGGCUGAUUUCUUAAAGAGCUUAACAGGUGGCCAUCCAGAGACAAUGAUUGAGGAUGACUCUGAGUGCAGUGCAUUCUGUUGUUUAUUGGCUGAGCUAAGGCCAGUAGAAAUUAUAAAACCUGCUCAAAAUCUCAAUCCUGAAACUGAGAGAGCAUUGCUAAGGCAUACAAGAAAUCCCUUAGUGAAUGAGUUGAUUCCAUCUGUGGAAUUCUGGGAUGCAGAAAAAACUAUUUGUGAAGUCAAAACCAUCUACAGGCGCAUUACUGACGGAUCAGCUUCAGGACCUGUGAAUGACAUGGGUUCUGAUGCUAUUAAAUCUCAUGGGGGAGAAGAUGCAUCAGACUUCCUCCCAGAUGUUCUUUCCAAGCUACUGAGUGCAGGCAACAGUGGCAGCUUAGCACUUUCAGCUCUUGGUGGCACUCUUUAUUAUUUAAGACAGGCUUUUUUAGAUGAGACAUUGCUUAAAUUUGCAAAGUUUGAAUCACUUCCGUGCUCUGAUUUCAGUAAUAUAGCUCAAAAACCAUACAUGGUUCUUGAUGCUGCUGCUCUGGAGAACCUUGAAAUCUUUGAGAACAGCAGAAAUGGAGACUCCUCUGGGACACUAUAUGCACAAUUAAAUCAUUGUGUGACAGCAGUUGGAAAAAGAUUGCUUAAAACAUGGCUUGCAAGACCUUUGUACCACACAGGGUUGAUCAAGGAACGCCAAGAUGCUCUAGCAGGCCUAAAGGGUGAAAACUUGUCAUAUGCACUAGAAUUUCGGAAGGCAUUAACUAGGCUUCCUGAUAUGGAGCGGUUGCUCGCACGCAUCUUUGCUAGCAGUGAAGCUAAUGGAAGAAAUGCAAAUAAAGUAGUUUUGUAUGAAGAUGCUGCAAAGAAGCAACUCCAAGAGUUCAUAUCAGCUCUGCGUGGCUGUGAAUUAAUGGCUCAAGCAUGUUCUUCACUUGGUGUCAUUUUGGAAAAUGUGGAGUCUAGGCAGCUGCAUCAUCUGCUAGCUCUUGGUAAAGGUCUUCCUGAUAUCCAUUCAAUUCUUAAACACUUCAAGGAUGCAUUUGAUUGGGUUGAUGCAAACAAAUCUGGACGUAUAAUACCUCAUGAAGGAGUUGAUAUGGAGUAUGACACUGCCUGUAGAACCGUUAAGGAGAUUGAAUCUAGUUUGACAAAAUACCUCAAGGAACAGCGGAAACUGCUUGCAAAUUCAUCAAUCACUUAUGUCACAGUUGGAAAAGAAGCAUACCUAUUAGAAGUACCAGAAAGCUUGCGAGGAAGCAUUUCUCGGGAUUAUGAGUUACGUUCAUCCAAAAAGGGCUUUUUUCGAUACUGGACUCCAUAUAUUAAGAAGUUGUUAGGAGAGCUGUCACAAGCUGAAUCUGAAAAGGAGACAGCUUUGAAGAGCAUUUUGCAGAGGUUAAUUGGACGCUUCUGUGAGCAUCAUAAUAAAUGGAGACAGUUGGUGUCAGUUACUUCAGAACUGGAUGUAUUAAUCAGUCUGGCAAUUGCAAGUGAUUUUUAUGAAGGACCAUCAUGCAGUCCAGUUGUUGUAGACUCAUCAUGUUCAAAUAACGUGCCGUGUUUCUCUGCGAAAUGCUUAGGACACCCUAUCCUUAGAAGUGAUUCUUUAGGCAAGGGUGCCUUUGUCCCCAAUGAUAUUAAUAUUGGUGGUUCUGAUCAUGCAAGUUUUAUCCUUCUUACUGGUCCUAAUAUGGGUGGAAAGUCAACCCUUCUCCGCCAAGUUUGCUUGGCUGUGAUUUUGGCUCAGGUGGGAGCAGAUGUCCCUGCAGAAAGCUUUAAGCUGUCCCCUGUUGACCGAAUCUUUGUCCGGAUGGGAGCAAAAGAUCAUAUAAUGGCAGGCCAGAGUACAUUUUUAACAGAGCUUUCAGAAACUGCAUUAAUGCUGUCCUCAGCAACUUGUAAUUCAUUGGUGGCAUUGGAUGAACUUGGACGUGGAACAUCAACCUCAGAUGGACAAGCCAUUGCAGAAUCAGUUCUUGAACAUUUUGUUCACAAGGUGAAUUGUCGAGGAAUGUUUUCAACUCAUUAUCACCGUUUAGCUGUGGACUAUCAGAAAGAUUCCAAGGUCUCUCUCUGCCAUAUGGGAUGCCAAGUUGGAAAUGGUGUUGAAGGUGUGGAAGAGGUUACAUUUCUCUACAGGUUGACCCCUGGUGCCUGCCCCAAAAGCUACGGCGUCAAUGUUGCACGACUGGCUGGAAUACCUGACUUGGUACUUCAGACUGCUGCGGCCAAAUCCAAAGAGUUUGAGGCUGCGUAUGGUAGUAAGAGGAAGCGAUCUGAAAACAACUUGCCAAUACAAAGUCGUGCUAAUAAGAUGGCAGUUCUCAUUCAAGAGUUGACUAAUAUCACAACAAAAAUGAGUUCCUUCAACUCUUUUAAGGGCAUCGAUGUCAGACCAUUGACUGAUCUUCAACAGAAAGCAAGACUGCUUCUGAAGCAACAUUGAAGGAAUUUCCACUUGUAUAUCACUUCACACGGCUAUAUUUUUACCGUUGCUGAGGUAUGUUGAGGAUUUCUUUGGAUUGGUGGAGCGUUAGAAUUCCUUUUUUCACCAUUGGAGCCAACUGCUUGAAAAUUUUCAAAUUGUCCAGAGAUGUGGGCUGAAGUGUCCCUGUCAUCCGACCUUUGCCCAGCAAGCAACAUUGGUAAAUCAACGUUAUCAAAUUCUAAAACAAUUGUAAAUUGUAAGUCUACCCUUUCUGUAUAGUGUAAUUAUUUUAAAUCAUUUUCAAUCCAGAUUGUCAAGAGAUGGGUUUUGUUUUUUCAACAACAAUGGAAUAGUUGUAUCAUUAUGUUUACAAUCAUUUUAGCAUGAUAUUAAAUAAAAUAUGAUAUAAUAU